AUGAUUCCAAAUCACGGCUUGAAGAUAGAAGAAGGAGCUGACCUCGCAGAUCGAGAACGGUAUCAACGACUGGUAGGAAAGCUUAUCUAUUUAUCUCACACUCGGCCAGACAUCACUUAUGCAGUGGGCAUAGUUAGUCAGUUCAUGCACCGACCACAGACCGACCAUAUGGAAGCAGCCUUGAGAAUCGUCCGAUACCUGAAAGGGACGGUGGGCUAUGGAGUGUUUUUGGCCAAAAGAGAAGACCUUGAGAUUGACGGAUACACUGAUGCUGAUUGGGCAAACAAUCCCGUCGAUAGGAAGUCCACAGGAGGCUACUUCACCUUUGUUGGAGGCAAUCUUGUUACGUGGAGGAGCAAGAAGCAGAAAGUAGUAGCCUUAUCAAGUGCCGAGGCUGAAUUCAGAGGUAUUAAAAGUGGACUUAUGGAAAUAAUGUGGUUAAGAAGGUUAUUAACAGAAAUUGGCUACCCUCCUACACGGAAAAGCUAA